CGUUUGGAAUAGUAAUGGUUGACACAAAAUAGUUUUGAUAAAUAUUUGGAAACAAAACCAUUUCAAAUAAAAAAAAUGUUUAAAAUGUGAUAGCAAUAAUAUAUUUUAUUUAAAUAGAUCAGAAAAACUUAUUCAGUUAUGUUAUUCAGGCUGCAGAAGUAUAUUUGAUGUAUCAUUCUUUGUCAUGAAAAUAGUUUUUCAUAAAAUAUCGAUCGGUUAUGAAAGACUAACUUAUGUAUAUAAUUUUAUAUUUUGUAACUUACUAAUUCAAUAACAUCUUGCUCAUAUAAGUGAUUGAAACAACUGUUCGACCUCUUUAAUUUGUUAACGUGGUAAUUUAAUAUAUUACGUGAAUACUUCAUACCCGUUAAUAAUAAAAAUUCGACCCUAUUUUGUUUGAUAUUGCGUUUAAAGGUGAGCUUUCAUCACUUAAAUCAUGAAAUAAAUUGUCUGAAGUGUGCCUGGAAUUUACGUCCAUGUAUUGUUGUUCCUUCCUUUCACGGCUGGGGGUCGGGAUGGCGAGCAUGAGUUCCACGCUCGUCGAGACGGUGUCCAUCAACUAUGAGGAUUUUAACGAAAGCUUCCUCACAUGCGGCACCUGUUUAUGCACUUACGACGGAGGUGAGCAUACUCCAAAAUUACUGCCAUGUUCGCACACCGUCUGUCUGCAUUGUCUCACCCGAAUAGCAGCCUCACAGACAAGAGACGCGGGUAGUUUUAGGUGUCCUAUAUGCCGCGAACUAAUAACGAUACCACGUGGCGGAGUACCCGCACUACCUCCAUCGUUCCUCGUCAACCAGUUGCUAGAUUUGAUGGCGAGACAGAGAAGGGAAGUCAUACCCCAGUGCAGUUCCCACCCCGGUAGGGAGCUACUAUUCUGUGAAACCUGUGAUUGCGUAUUUUGCAGACAUUGUGCUGACGGACCUCACAGCGAUACGCCCUGCGAUCAUACAGUCGUACCGUUUUCUAUAGCAUUGAAGAGAAUGUCCGAAAUAUUAUUAUAUAGAGCCAACGAGUGCCUCAGUAAGCUCGGCUCGGCCAGAGAAGCUGUAGCGAGUGAGUUAAGAAGAUUAGAGGCGGCUGCGACCGCGGCUGACGAAGCCAUAGAUAGACAUUUUACUGAGUUGAAAGCUGCCUUAGACAAACGUCACAACGAGCUUAAAUCAGCGGCCGCUGCUGCCGCGACGCAUAAGAGGAAGCUGCUCGAAGAACAGUUAAAGUUGAUCGACGCCGAGAAAGCUAAAGUGGAAGCAGAAUGUUCUGGUCUUCAGCAGCAAGUGGAGGUUAGAGAAGUGAGCAGCCGAGCUGCCGCUUUGGGAGCGAGAUUAGGAGACGCAUCCGCACUGGCUGAGCCGAGAGAGAACGCGUUUUUAGCUGUCGACUUCGCGCAUAACGACGCCCAGCAGAGAUUUGCUGAAGCUUUGGCGGAACUGGGAAGGGUUCGGACGAGUACAACCUUCCCUGGCCUAUGCACCCUUCAGUUAGAAUCCCCGUGUGUAUGCGGUCUGGAGAUGGUGGUGGUUCUUCGUACAGUGGAUUACCACGGCGAGGCUCGCAGUACUGGCGGGGAUCCGGUCACAGCUGCCGCUACCCUCGACGACUCACCUCUACCGUGCACAGUUACUGAUCUUGAUACUGGCUUGUAUCGGAUCUCAAUGCGCCCAUGGAGUCCGGGGGCGGUGUGUGUCCGUGUGUUGGUGUUCUCGCGGGGUGUGAGAGACUCCCCGCUACGUGCGACCGUCGCCACACACGCCGCACCCCUCACAGUGUGGGGGGCGCGCGGCUCAGGGAAGGAACAACUCAACCAGCCCGUUGCAUUGGCUAGAUGUUCAAAACGUCGGGAGAUCUACGUUCUAGACGCCGGUAAUUCAAGAGUGAAGGUUCUGGAUGACGAGACGUUCGCUUUUAAAACACACAUCGUUAAUGACGGUCUUGCGGGGAGGAGUUGUACUGGUAUUGCGGUGACUGCAGAGGGAUUGGUUGUUGUCAAUUGGCGGACGAAGACUCUCACAGAGAUGAACGCUGAAGGCGAGACUCUCCGUACUAUACGGUCAGAUCGUCUAGUGGAGCCUGUAUGUGUGGCCGCACACGCUCCCAGCCGCCGUCUGGCCGUCGCUGAUAACGGAGCGCGGACCGUCUUCCUGUUUGAUAUACAUGGGAACAUAGAACGAGAGAUAGGUAACGGUGACCUGGGUCUCGUUGGUGGCCUCGCCCUCACCGAGGACAUGUUGGUGAUAGCGGACGUGGCUGUUCGAGUGUACGACGUUGACGGUAACCUGCAGACAACGCUCGCGCCAAUACCUAAAGGUCGCGGGGGAUACGGCGGUAUAGCUGUGGAGGAGACAGACAGCGGCUGGCAUAUAGUGUGCGCUCGCUCGGUCAAGGGUCGGCCGGCGCUGGUGGUGCUGGACUCGGGGGGCAGGCUGCUCGCCGCCUGCGACCUCGCCGACAGACGACCUCGUCGGGUCGCGGGCGUCGCCCUACUGCCAGAGAGAAGGGCGCUCCUCGCAGACCUAGCCGGGGACUGUCUCCGGCUGCACACGUACUGGUGAACGAGUGAGGCGAUCGAGUCGGGAAGGUAAUGAAGCCGGGAGGCUGGUUGUUAUCGAAUUUCAUGCUAGUCCAUAUUGUAACUGAGAAACGAACACGGCCAUAAACUCUCCAUCGGGGCGACGUACCGGAGUCAUUAGUACGUGCACCGUCAUUACUAUACUUUAGUACUUACAGUAUUUAUUUAAGUUGUAGUUACGUUAUAAUUUUUUUUUGUACUAAUUCGAUGUCGUUUUUGGACAUCAUUAUUAUUUUUUCGCGACUGAUUUAGAUGUGUUCCUGUUUUUUUUUCCGUGGCGCGUUUCGUUAAUUAAGUUUUUGCGUUACUCUUUUUCGUCAUCGUAAGCGGACACGUAAUUAAGAUCUUCUAUCGUAAGCGUAAUGUAAAUUAUUGACGGUUGAAUGUCACAGUUCGCAGGGAAUCGGUUACAGUUUACAAGUGAACACCAAACGACAAUAGUUAUACAAUAUACAAAAUAUUUGAACGUGCCUAUAACGUGAUUAACAAAAUGUGUUGUGUCAAUGUCCGACAAUAUUUAUAUUAAUGAAUUAUUGUUCUACUUAAUAAAUGUAACACAAAUAUAUAUUUUUUUACAUUUGUGUUGUAAUGUUUCGAUGCCAGAUAUUUAAGUUUUAAAUUCAAAUUUCUUAAAGCCUUCAACAGUUCUGACAGCCGUCGAGUGUCAGAGUAAAAAAAAAAUCCAUACAAUUUUAUAUUCUAAAAAUACAUUUCACGGUUGUUUUGAAAAGAAUCUAAGAAUAAAUAAUUUCGGUUCAGUUCACUUUGAUAUAAAAAAAAAACACAAAUAGAUUAAUAUGAAUCCAAUAGCGUAUUGAUAUUUAAAUUUCAUAAUGAAAUGCUCGUGAUCUCUAUACAAUAAUAUAAUGCUUUGGUUAAUGAAUAAUAAUAUGUCGCGCUUUUAAUUCAGGAAGGAAAAAAAAAUCGUUCGAAAUUUAACAUUAAAAAAAAAAAACAUUAGUCCUUAAAAUUGUUACAACUAGCAACACUAUGAACACGCUUGUAAUCAAAUCGGACGUAUUGCUCAAUACCAAACAUCAUAUCACAAAGCUUCCAUUUUGCUAGAAUUAGAACUAAAUACGAAUUAUGAAGCAUUUAAAAUAAGGGCGUCGUUUUUUUUAGCGUUUUAAUACGAAAUUGUGCUUAAAUCCCAUAUUAUUGUAAUUUAUGUAACGUUACUUAAACAUUCGUUACAUUACUUUUUGAUUUUAAGUGAUGUUGAAUUUCGAGGACUAAUAUUCUUGAACAUCUUUCUAAUCUCUUUCUCGAUAGGAUUUGAAUUUUUUUUUGUCUGAGAGCUAUAUGUGCUUAAAAAAACCAACAAGUUGAAUAUAUAAAAAUUAAAUCAGAAUUUAUGACAAAAAAAAAACUCUCUAAAAAUAUUUUUUUCUCUCGAAUAUUGAAUACUAGUUUUGGAACGGAUAUAACGAAGUGACGGAUCUCAAAAAGUUUUCUUUUUUCAUGCAACAUAAAAAAAAAAAAAUAAAGAGAUUAUACAAUAAGGAUUAUAAUCGAUUAAUAAUAUCGAUAUAUGAAAACUGCAAGCACAUCACUAAAACCUGGAAUUUCAUACAGAAGAAAAAUCUAAUACAUUAAUUUGCAAGAAUAAGAAUGCCUUCAACAUGUGCAUUAUUUAUCGAGAACGUCGUUAAAUUAAUAGUCAUAAUGAAUCUAUCUAAACUAUAAUGAGGUUACCAUUCAUAUCACGUAGCGAUUGUUAUCUUAUCUGUAAGCAAACAGUUUAAUGUUAGUUUGUUCAAGCGAUUGUUAAAGUUAUAAUUAACUGUUCAUGUAAUUAAGAUCCACUCUCUCAGACCGUCACAGACCGCCACAAACACAUGCAUUUAUAGAUAACACGAAACACGGAAGAAAACUAUGAAUAUUACAGGUCGGCAAGUGAUUGGUACAAAUAUUGUUUGUGAUGAUGUAUUUUAAGUAUAAUGUUUACGUUCUAAGCGACUAUGUUACGUCGGAAAUUCUCAAAAAUUUAUAUUUUCCUCUAAAUCUAUUUUUGCAUAUCAACGGAAUUGACUCUCUUUAUUUCUCGAAUCAAAAAUUAUAUUACGAAGAGCUGUACUUAAAUUGUUUCACAGAGUAUAUAAGUGUAAUGUCUAUGAUUUGUCACAAUAUGCAAAAUAAAGUUUGAAUCUUUAA